GCGGUAGUGAUUGCGAUUAAUUUACCAACCGUAAUAGUAGCGUAAAGAAGCCGCGCGAAACAACGCAACACAGUUACGACAUACAAUUCGUUCAUAUCCCAAUGUAGUUGUUGUGUUUUUAAAUUCAUUUCGUUCUAGAGAUUAUGCAUGCAAGCAUGUAAAUAAACGAUUAUCGAUAGCGUCCAGUUGACAAGUAUCGUAUUCAAAGAGGGAAACGUAGAGAGAAGAAAGGGUAAUAAAGGUAAUAACCUUGAUUCCAGAUUUUCAAUACGUGAUUAAGAAGACUUAAAUUAAUUCGGCUUAAAUUAAUUGGACACAAACGAAACAAAAUGUCUGAAAACAUCGAGGAAAUUAUCGAAGAAGAAAAUUCUGUUACAAUGUUAGAUGUACUUCGAGAAGAGAAUCAGUUAGAAGAGGACGCGUAUGCGGUUCUUGGUGCAUCUGAUGACAAAAAUUGCACUUACAGCAAGGGUUAUACACGACAAGCUCUUUACGCAUGUAAAACCUGUUGUCAGAAAUCAGUACGUGCAGCAGUUUGCCUUGCUUGCAGUUUUCAUUGUCACGAAGGUCAUGAACUUAUCGAAUUAUAUACUAAAAGACAUUUUAGAUGUGACUGUGGUAAUUCAAAGUUUGGAGGAAAAAAAUGUAACCUGGAUCCUAGACCAUAUCCAGAUCCAGAUGAUACUGUUAAUGACGAAAUGUUACAAUGUAUAAUCUGCGAAGACUGGUAUCAUUCGAAGCAUUUAGAAUGUGAAAAGGAAAUGCCAGCGGAUGGUGCAUAUGAUGAAAUGAUUUGUGCUGGCUGUAUGAAAAAGAAUGACUUCCUGUGGAAUUAUGCCAACAAAUACACAGCUUUGACAACAACAGAAGUCUCUUUCGGUGAUAAAGAAGAGGAAUUGAUUAACGUUGAAAGUGAAUCAAAAAUUUGUAGAAUGCCAAGAAACAAUUCUGCAAAACGAAUAGUAUUACGGGGAAGUUGUUUUUGGACAGAAGGAUGGAGAGCUGCUCUAUGUACUUGUGAAACAUGCAAAGAGCUCUACCGAGAGAAACAUAUCGCGUUCCUCCUUGAUCCAACAGACAGUGUACACGCGUACGAGGAAGCUGGUAAAAUAAAUAGUCGAGAAUCACGAUACGAGAAGGGUAUGAAAGCUCUUGCCUCUUUAGGUCGUGUCGAACAAUUGACUGCUAUCGAAGAAUACAAUAAUAUGAAGGAACGAUUAAAACAAUAUUUGCAAAAAUUUGCUGAAAACAAGAAAGUCGUGCGAGAAGAAGAUAUAAAGGAAUUUUUCUCGGAAAUGGAAUCGAAGAAGCGACCAAAAGUAGUGAUACCUACGUAUUGUCGUUGAAAUCCAUUACUCGAAUACUAUAAAAAUUUGUCGUUUCUAACAAAACAAAAACAAAAAAUCAAUGUAUUUAUAUAUUACUGCAAGCAAUGUUUUACUUUUAUAUAUUUUGUUCAUUUACAAAGCUUAGUCGCGUGAUAUUAAACUAUCUCGCAUCUGGUACAAUUUUCAAGUUGUAAAUGUAGCAGUGUUCUAAUAAAUUAUAACUGUUUUUUCGAUAUUAAAAAAGAAAGGGAAAGUGAAGGAGAAGGGAAUGAAAAGGACGAAAGGAAAUAAUGAAAAGUAAGAAGAGUAUCUUGUUAUUUUUGGAAAAUAUCAACUUUUUUUUAACGCCAUUUAACGAAAUGUUUUCCUAUGUAUAUAACGCAGCGUUUACAUCAGCAAGUAAAAAGAAACAGUUUGUGAAGCUCCAAUAUCUGUAUGAAGUGCGAGCUGCGUCGGCAAACACCAAACAUGGUGUAAAGUACAAACGCAAUACGGUUAUUAUUGAAAUUGGAUAGUGGAAUAAAAAUAUUAUAAUUGGUUAAAAGAAA